AUGAUACCGUCACGAUCGUUCCAUCGUUCAAAGAACGUCCCGCACGGAAGAUCAUCCCGCGGAUCGAUCGAAAGAACAUUUAAACCACCAGCAACACCAGAUACAUCCGGCGGAGCGUGCGAUGAAUACAUGCCAUCAAUGCGUCGUCCUCCGGAGCAUAACCAUUCGUGGACUUUGUCACCAUCGAACGAUCUCAAUUGUUCCUCCCAAUCCGACGUCUCGUUGUUGCUAGAAACCGACAACAACGGUGAAGAUCCGGUCUCGGUGUGUGUUAACGAAGAUGACCCAUCGGAACAUGUGGUGGUGAAGGAUGGAUACACGUUUUACAUACGCUAUUUAGACGAACCGAUUUCCGAGGAAGAACCGUUAGUACAACAGAACGCCGCAGCAGACGUAACAGCCUAUGAGGUGGAAAGUCUUCCCCCAAUUUCGAACGAACUGUCCAAGCUGAUGGACGAUAACAUGCUUCCAGAAGGUGCCAUAACUCCGCUCGAACACACGGAAAGUUCGGGGCGCGACUGGAUCAAUUAUGACGAGCUGCCUUUACUGCUGAAUCAGCAAAAGCAGCAGCAACAUCGACGGUCUGUUUCGUCGAAAGAUCAGAUUUCGCUACAACCGUGUGACACAUUGGUUGAGAAUGAGAGCAGUAACGCGUCCAGAGCUAGAGUGUCAGCUAAAUGUCCGCUUAUGGCGGACCAAACAACGCCGAAACCUUGUUUGGAAGGAUUUUCGUUGCCCAACGAAGCUGUUCUUAUGAAUACCAGCAGCAGCAGCAGCAGUGGUCCAAAGGCCGCUGCCAUGGUGCCUGAUUUUAGUCACUAUUGUGUGGAGUGUGAAAAGUUUUUCCCAUCAAACGAUUUGCUCGAAGCGCACAUGGAAUUAAAUCAUCGACUGUUUGGUGACGACCCAUCUUUGAACCUGGUGGCAACAUCGACACUGCAACUAGAAUGCUUCGGCCAGUCGACAGAACAGUACGGUACGGGUGGGGGGGAAUUAAUGUGGCCCUGUACUGCGUUCGUAGACUCCACAAGCCAAUGUCCAAAGCGUUGCCGCUUUUUAUGUGAUUUUUGUAACAUAUCGUUCGAUUUGGUGGAAAGUUACUACAUGCACUACCAGACCGUCCAUUGUGGUAUCGGUCCGGAUUACCGAUGA